UCGCCGGCCGGGCGUAUAAAGAACGGCCGGACGGCGGCCACCGCUUCAAACCUCCGUCUCCCGGGCAUCGCAGGCAAACGUCCGUAAGGCUUCGUUACACUGCCUUUGGUCUUUUGUCUCGCUCAGAGCCGACACCAAACCAUCUCUUCAACAUGCGCGAAUGCAUCUCCGUCCACGUGGGCCAGGCGGGCGUGCAGAUGGGCAACGCCUGCUGGGAGCUGUACUGCCUCGAGCACGGCAUCCAGCCGGACGGCAAGGUGCCCACCGACAAGUCGAUGGGCGGCGGUGACGACAGCUUCUCCACCUUCUUCUCGGAGACGGGCGCCGGCAAGCACGUGCCGCGCGCCGUAUUCGUCGACCUGGAGCCGAGCGUAGUCGAUGAGGUCCGCACCGGCGCCUACCGCCAGCUCUUCCAUCCGGAGCAGCUCAUCUCGGGCAAGGAGGACGCCGCCAACAACUACGCGCGCGGUCACUACACCAUCGGCAAGGAGAUCGUGGACGUGGUGCUGGAUCGCGUGCGCAAGCUGGCCGACCAGUGCACCGGCCUGCAGGGCUUCCUGAUCUUCCACUCGUUCGGCGGCGGCACCGGUUCCGGCUUCACCUCUCUGCUGAUGGAGCGGCUCAGCGUCGACUACGGCAAGAAGUCGAAGCUCGAGUUUGCCAUCUACCCAGCGCCGCAGGUGGCUACGGCCGUGGUCGAGCCCUACAACUCGAUCCUGACCACGCACACCACGCUGGAGCACUCGGACUGCGCCUUCAUGGUCGACAACGAGGCCAUCUACGACAUCUGCCGCCGCAACCUGGACAUCGAGCGUCCGUCGUACGCCAACCUGAACCGCAUGAUCGGUCAGAUCGUCUCCUCCAUCACCGCCUCGCUCCGCUUCGACGGCGCCCUCAACGUCGACCUGACCGAGUUCCAGACCAACCUGGUGCCGUACCCGCGUAUCCACUUCCCGCUGGUGACCUACGCGCCGGUCAUCUCGGCUGAGAAGGCUCACCAUGAGCAGCUGUCGGUGGCCGAGAUCACCAACGCCUGCUUCGAGCCGGCCAACCAGAUGGUCAAGUGCGACCCGCGCCACGGCAAGUACAUGGCCUGCUGCAUGCUGUACCGCGGCGACGUCGUGCCCAAGGACGUCAACGCCGCUAUCGCCACCAUCAAGACCAAGCGCAGCAUCCAGUUCGUCGACUGGUGCCCGACCGGCUUCAAGGUGGGCAUCAACUACCAGCCGCCGACGGUGGUGCCCGGCGGCGACCUGGCCAAGGUGCAGCGCGCCGUCUGCAUGCUAUCCAACACCACCGCCAUCGCCGAGGCUUGGGCGCGCCUCGACCACAAGUUCGACCUGAUGUACGCCAAGCGCGCCUUCGUGCACUGGUACGUCGGCGAGGGCAUGGAGGAGGGCGAGUUCUCCGAGGCGCGCGAGGAUCUGGCCGCGCUGGAGAAGGACUACGAGGAGGUCGGCAUCGACUCUGCCGACGGAGAGGAGGGAGACGAGGAGUAUUAGGUCUCGCGGACGGGUUCGCCGACUAACCGGGCUGGCGCCGUUCGCACCCCCGUCACUUGUUUGCACUCCUGUGGGGAACAGCCUGUCUCUGACCAUCUCAGCGUCAUUCCGAGCGUCGCCGUGUGACUGGAAAUACACACUGUGAGCUGAA